GGUCCCUUAGUAUUUCUGAUGAAAUCUCCCUUGUUUCUCCGCUGGGUUCUACUCGGCUAGCCUUCGAGACGGGGCGAAAAGGAGGAACAGUCAGAACUACAUCUAUUCAAAGCUCUUCAAAGCGUUAUUUCGCUGAGUUGUUGCGUUUUAAUAUCGGCGCUUUCCCGGAGUUCAAAUUUGAUGAAGCAUUUCGUAUUUAAAAGAACGCCACACGAACUCAAGGGUUUCCGUUAGCUAACGCGCUAACUAAGUAGCUAACGUUCGCUUUCGGCGCGCUUUAUCGGAAGAAGGGCUUCUACAUUAUCUACGGGACCAACUUAAGAAGCCAAAAUGGCCUUCAUGUCGACGUCUGACGUGGAAUAUACCGACAGUUUUGACUCGACCUUCAUCGUACUGCUUUCUUCUCUUUUCUCUCCCGUCCCUAGCAAGUGUUCCACACGAAAGAAGUCCUGUCUGUCUGCCGCUGUGAAUAUGAACAUUACGAGCUCCGGGGCCAAUAUGGGCGAUGACUGCUUUCACUGCUGGGCUACAAGAAGAGCGAACCGGCAAGAUGUCACUGCUGUUUAAGCGCUAUGGACGCUUUGGAGAUGGUAUUUGUCAACAUUACAGUGUAUGUCAAUAUUUAUGGACAGUAUUCUGAGCUGCAACGUUCAAGUUAAGUUUCUCAGUUUUGUGGUAGCUAACAUUUAGCAGUACAGUACGUGGAAAAAAGUAUCUACUUGGUUUUCUUGCUUGCUAGCUCGUGCUAGCCGCUGGGGCCAUACUUAACCGCAUGUAUUUUAUUCAGCUAACGGUAGGUAGGUAGGUAAAUACGAGCUAACGUACGUUUAAAUGAACUUUUACCUUUUAUUUUUUUUGUAGUUGGCCAGUAAAUCUAACCGUGCCAAAAGAGAAGUAACUUUUGCUGGCUAGCAAGCUAACCAAGUUUCCAGUAGUGGUCGUUUCACUUUCUAGCAAGCCUCGCGCUUCUCCUGCCAGCCCUAAGUUGUUUAACACUUAAGAGAAUAAGAAUGUUUAGAAGUAUGAAUUCAGAGAAGCACUUUUCCAGCGGGGGUCCUCAGCCGCCGACGACUAGCCUAGACGGGGCGAACGUGGCUAGACCUGAAAGCUCCUGGAUUAGCGUGCUGUCUAUGGUGUCUAGGCCUGCGUGGUCGCUGCUGCAGAAAUAUUUUCCUGGAAGAGCGCAGGCUACGGCCCUGGCACCCUGGGACAGCAAGUCUGGACAGUCAAAAAUGGACAUGGGGGAUUCGCUUCAUAGCCUCAUGCCGGAUUCCCCUCGUUCGGCUCGCUUGAGCGUAGCCUACGUACACUGUCAGAACGAAAAUGCGGAAGCUCUGAGCUGGUUGACGGCAGACUCUCUGGCGGAGCUGGGAAUUCAAAACGCUGCUGGUACGGAUUUUAAAGCACAGCACCCGGCCCCAGCGGGAUACCUUACAGCGGCGAGAAAUUUCCUCACCCAGGGUGUGCUGAAAGCUACCACAGCACAAAAAGACGCGAGGAGUGCCGAACGCCAGCCGGACGUUUGGUACGCCAGCAGCUGGUGGUGGGACGGGCUGUGGGGAACUACUGACAGACCUGAAAACGUGGUGCCAAAUUCGUCACGGACUAGAACGUCAACUGACACAAAGUGGCAGCAUUGUGGAGAGCGUCACAGUAGCGGCCAUUGUCACGCAGCUGAGUGUGGUUCAGUGGUUGCCGGUGAUGAUGUGAACUCAAUGCACAGAGAAAGCGCUGGACCCCCGUGUUUCAAAGAGCCAGCGGACAAUGAAGGCCUUCACAUGUCCAGGCCAGAAUCUCUCCCAAGCUCAGAACAGCUCCCAUCAGUUCACCAGUACAGUGUUGUUUCACAUCUGGUUGGUACCAGAGCUGUCGCCGCCUGCAGUGAGGUGGCGGUUCUGACCCCGGAUCAAGACAAUGGCUACUCCAGUCUUGAGGAGGAAAACGCAAACACUAAGCAGCUUAAUAUGAAACUCACAGGUGAGAAGCAGGGGUCAUUGGAGUCAGAUGUUCCUGCUUCUUCUCAGGGGGGUGACCCUGGGACAGAGCGUGAGGGGGGUGAAGCUGUAGAGCGUCCUCAGUGUGAAGAGGUGAGGAGCAAAGUGGAGGAACAGAAAGAGGAAGCCUCUGAGCCUGCACGUGCAGAAGAGGCUUCUGCUUCCCUGUCCACUCCUCGCUGCCAGAACAAGGCGAUUGCAUACAUCAUGGGCAGCCCCUGCAGUGAUGAGUCUGACUCGGAAAAUGACAGUGAUUGGAACAGCGACGAUGAUGACGGUUUUGACAGCGAAGGCUCAUCCCAUUUCUCUGAUUCUGAGGACCUAGAUGAUAGCGAUGAUGGGGAUGAGGAUGAUUCAGAAGCUGAUGAAGUUGACUCUGAGAGUGAGAGGCUAUGGAACACGCUGUGCCAAAACAAGGACCCUUACAACCCCCGUAACUUUACUGCCCCUAUACGGACAGCCCCCAGUGCCAGUGCUGCUGCAGUGGAAUCACCCCUCUCGGGGUCCCCAACAGAGGAUGAGCUCUCCUCUGUCUCUUCCUUUUCACCCCUGGUACCCCAAGAAGAGGAGUCCAGUGAUGAGACUUGUUCGAUGGAUGAAGCAGAGAACGUAAGGCUGUGGAACUCUUUUAGCAGCUCAUCAGACCCUUACAAUCCCCUAAACUUUCAGGCCCCAACUAGGACUCGAGAGACAGCCAGGGGCCGCUGUAAGAAGGGGGCACCUGUUGGGCCUCCAAUCUAUAAGAAAGAGGAGGCAGAGGAGAGGUUGGACAGUGGAUUCUCUGAGGCAGCUCCUGUACAAGGGCUGGGAAGUUCCAGAUGUGUCAGACUGAAAAAGGUGACAUUCGUGGAGGAGGUGGAGGAAUUCUAUGCCAGCAGUGAUGAGGACCGCCAUGGCCCAUGGGAAGAAUUUGCUCGAGACCGCUGUCGCUUCCAGCGCCGUGUCCAGGAGGUGGAGGAGACAAUCAGCUAUUGCUUGUCCCCUACUUUCCGCCUUGUCAUCUUUCAAAGACUCUACCAUAGUAGUUGAUGAAUCCUGUUUGCUGUUUUGUGGUUGAUUUUCUCUUUUUUUUCUGAAUGCAGAGAAAUAAUAUAUAUCAUUGGUCUAAUUCAGGGCAAAAAGGGGGGCCGUUAACAAAAAGAAAGUAUAAGGGCUCUUGUGUUACAAGCUAACAAAUCUGUGCUAGUGAUCGUCACUUCACUUGAGUCAUAUGCUAAAGGCUCAUAGUUCUAUGCUGAGCUGUGGUACAGUAUGCAGUAAUCUAAAGUUUCCUGAACACCACAAUGACCUAUUCUUGGCUUUCAUCCUAAUAAUGAAACAAUGAAAUUUCAAAUGCUCUCAAAAUGGGACACUAAACUACUUCUCCACUGUAUUGGUCUAAGAGUAUUUAUAUCUGCCCUUUGUAGUGUUAGCAUUCUCUCUUGCCUUCAUAUACUACCAGGACUUUGUUUACGCUACGUUUAGAUAGGUGGUCAUUUUUCCCUUUUGGAAAAGGAUCAGAACACUUUCAACUUGAAAGGUGCAGUUUCUGUCGACCAUAAUUGUAGAAAUCUGCUAAAUCAGCUAAACUGGCUCAUUCUGAACGUUUUCCAGUUCUUGGUUGCAUCAAGUCUGAAGUUUAAGAGGGACAAACUGUAAGCCGUGAUUUUUUUUUUCCUUAAUUCAAAAAAGUAUUAAAAAUUUGGCUGUGACUUUAUAUGGAAAAUGCUUUACAUGGAAAAACUUUUUGCUUCCAUCCCAAUAGAAGUCACAGUUUUGUAAGUACAUUACCAUUUUUAUAAAUGGCCACAUGCCAGUAGUUUGUAGUAGUUAAGCAGUUAAAUCUGUUGAGGGGAAAAAACAAUAAAUCUGGGUUAAGUGUCCCAACCUGUCUAAACGUAGCUAUAAACCCUUCACUUAUUAACCUCUAAACCAAAGAUGAUGCUUCUGCUCUGAGCUGGACCACUCUGUGGAUCCUCAGUGUUCAGCUGUUCAGAGCAGAGGAGGGUAGCCGCUCCUUUUGAAUGAUAAACUCUCACUAACUGAACCCGUGUAUUAAUAGCCUGAGUUCAGCUAAGCUGAAAACAGUAUCUAUUCCUGGGUCUGAAGGCUGGUUGGAGUAUUAGUGUCUUAGUGCUACACAUUUGCAUGGUCCUACCUAUUUAAAGCCCUAACUUUUAUUAUGUUCUAUUUAUCUGGCAAACCCGCUUGACUUUCUAGUGCUUGAAAAUCACUGUGGUGUAUCUUGUCUUAAACAAGGGUUGUUGUCUCUGUACUUUGAACUGUGGCAGCUGUGACCAAGUGGGUGAAAUCAUUUGUUUGACUAUGAGGAGAAAUGCAGGGACUAAAUGCAUGUUUUGGAAGAUGAUAAAAAAAUAAUAUGCUUGAUGUCAAAGCAUAGGGUUAAUUUGUUAAUCAGUAAAAUUAACAUGAAAGUGUUUUAUUUUUGUAAAACAUUUAGGAGUAUAGUUAUGCUGCAUCUACUCUGGGUUUUGUGACAAAAAGUCAUAAUCAGUUUAACAAGUAAACUAAUGUUUAAGUAUUAA